AUGAGUAAAAAUAAAGAUGCAUUGAUCAUAGAUAAUUCUAAAUUAAUAUUAUUAGAUUUACAUUAUAAUUCCCUAGUAUGCAACAAGAAAUCUUUAUUCCUUUUUUUAUGUGCAUUAUCUAACUUUUAG